AUGCCGCAACAGUUCUUAUUCGUCAAUAAGGACGCUGCCAGCGCCUCGCUGACCCGCAGCGAUGCCGCCGAACAGACCUCCAUCAACUCUUACGUCCAGCGUGGCCGUCGACACCGGCGCUCUGCCACCAGCGCCAGCCGCGCGGGAACCAGGGCGAGGAAGGACGCGGCUCGAGGAAACCCUGCUGCAGCUUCGUCGUCCACGGAUCCUGUCCUCGAUGACUCGUCGCCGUCUCUCGUAUCGGUAAAGAGUGAGCCCGGUCCAGAUGCUGCCGGCAUCCAGAUCUCGUUACCUUCGCGACUGUCUCCGCGCGCCAAGUCGGCCGAGAUAACGACACGCGAAACUCCUGAGCCCAAAACCCCGGCUCGCAAAAAGCCCUCCAAGCUGCGAAAGCCGAAGUCGGCAGCGAAGACGACUGGUGAGGAGACGACCGAUGAGAACAAAGCAAUCGUCAUGCUGAAUUCUCCGCGCACCGUGGCAUCUCCUCAGGAUAUCAGUCAGCUCACUUCGACCUCUCUCGACCCUUUUGGCCAGUCGGUCGUCAAGCUCGACCCACAUGUCGCAAGGCUUUGUCGCUAUUUCUGCGAAAGCUUCCAUCCCAGUGUGUGGCAUGCAGAGAGCUGGGCGUCUCGGGAGGGUUCAUACACUUACCAAACUACCGCCGUGGAGGUCGUUCGAAGAGCCAUGCAAAGCGAAGUCGAAAUGAAUGCAAUGCUGGCCUGCAUGGCCGCCAGAAUUGAGAAUGUGGACUUGGUCCCGGGGCAGGGAACGGACAAGUACAUGGCCAACGCUCUGAAGGCAGUGCGGCGACGCUUCAGCUCUGCUCCAAAACAACAAUUGCUCCUGAUCGUCUUUCACCUCUAUGCAGCGGAUGCCUAUCGACAAAACUAUCAAGCCGCGAAGAUACAUAUGCAGGCGGCAAAAGCACUGUUCGAUUCUUGGGGCGGCCUACACCACGUGCCAGACCCAGCGUUGAAAGAACUCUUCAUCAUAGGAGACGGGCAUAUGUCCGCCGUUCUUCUGGAGCCGUGCAGUUUACCAUGUGAAUACGAUCCUGGGCCUUACUGGGCUGUCACGCCACCUGAGCUUCAGCUUGCUCCCCAAGAAAACUUGAGCCGCUCUGCGCCAGCUCUGCAGCGACUAUGUCUUCAUGGCUACUUCCCGGAGGAAUUGGUGCAGAUCAUACAAGAGACGGCGGAAUGUUCGUGGGUCUUGCAUCAUGCACCACUGGGAGCACCGGAGGCGUCAAAGCACGCCGCGAGAUGGCUCCAGUGGCGACACGCAGCUGUUCGAUACCGACUUCUGGCCCUCGAAUAUUCAGGAUCUAGCCUCGACGCUGUCCGUGUCGGGCUGCUGAUGUGGAUAUUGACGUCUAUGGUGAUACUUGGGCUAAAGCGAUUAGGAGGCCUGAUUGCACCAAAACUGCGAAAGAUCUUCUGGUCGGUCGACGAACCACAUGCCCAGUGGGAAGGGUUAAUCCAGCUCAAGACAUGGGUGCUGACGAUCGGCGCCAUGUGCUCCAUGGUUGGCAGUGAGGAUGAAAGGUGGUUCGUCGAACAGCUUUUUGAGAUUGGAUUUGUCGAGCAUAUCCGACGGUUCCAGGAGACGCAGCCAGAUUUCGACACGCUGGAUGUGCUAAAGAACUUUCAAGAGAAGUUUUUCUACUAUGAUGCUAUCCAACGGCUACGGCUUGAAAGAUUGGCUCGUCUCCUCAGUGGAGGACUGAGCGAGACCCCGAGCUCAGCUUCGCAGAGCAGUCCCAGUGAUCUAUCGCGGAAAUCAGGAUCUCCCGCCUGA